CCGCCGGAGCUGGCCGACGCCGACGGCAGGCUGCGGCUUAUCAACCGGCAGCUGGACGACGGCCAGCGGAGGGCGGUGGAGUUCGCGCUGCGGCAGCGGCGGCUAGCCGUCAUCCACGGCCCGCCCGGCACCGGCAAGACCACCGUCCUGAUCGAGACGAUUCUGCAGCACCGGAAGCUGGGGCAUCGAGUCCUUGUGUGCGCGCAGUCCAACGCGGCGGUGGAUAACCUGCUGGCGGCCCUGCAUAAAACAGGGAAGCGUGACAUGGUGCGAGUUGGUCAUCCUGGACGGAUCCCGGAAGGGCUGCACAGCUACUUGCUGCAGGGUCGGAUCCCGAAGUUUUUGAAGAAAAGGCAAAGACAAAACAUAUCGCGGCUGGAAAUAAUGGAACGCAUACUGCUGAGCAAUGGUAUUGUGCUGAGUACGCUGACGAUGGCUAAUGAAGAUGGCCCGCUGGGAAGAUACGGAAAUAGCUCGUUUGACCUGGUGGUUAUCGACGAGUGCUCGCAGGCCCUGGAGGCGGCUUGCUGGUUGGCGGCGGCCCGCGCUGACAAGCUGGUGCUGGCCGGCGACCACUUCCAGCUGCCGGCCACCAUCAAGAGUCGGGUGGCCGCCCGCCAGGGCCUGGGCCUGUCGCUGAUGGAGCGCCAGGUAGCGCUACACGGUGACGCUGCCGUGCGCAUGCUGUGCACCCAGUACCGCAUGCACGAGCUGAUCCAGCGCUGGCCGUCGGAGACAAUAUAUGACGGGCGGCUGGUGGCGGCGCAAGGGGUGCGUGCUCACCGACUACCUCAGCUGCCGGGCGUGAAGGACACGCUGGACACGAGCCCCACCCUGCUGCUGGUAGACACGGCCGGCUGCAAAAUGGCGGAGACCAGCCGCGACAGAUCGAAAGUCAACGAGCACGAGGCGGACAUCGUGGCGCGCCACGCUCACGCACUGGUGCUCGCCGGACUGCCGGCCGACCAGGUGGCCAUCAUCACCCCCUACAAGCAACAGGUGUCGCUGAUUCGCAACGCACUGCACUCGCGGCAGCUCGACGGGCACGGCCAGGUCGAGGUGGGCACGGUGGACGGCUUCCAGGGUCGCGAGAAGGAGGCCGUGCUGCUGUCGCUGGUGCGGUCGAACCAGCGCAAUGACGUUGGUUUCCUGAAGGACAGGCGUAGGACCAACGUGGCCGUCACGCGGGCCCGCCGCCAGCUGUUCGUUGUCUGCGACACGAACACGGUGUGCGCUGACGAGUUCAUCAGGUCGCUCAUCGCCCACCUAAAGCAGUGCGGAGAGGUGCGUUCGGCGCGCGGUCUCAGCAGUCCACCGGUCUCCACCGCCGCCGAGCGCCGUCCGACAGAAACGACGUCAACGGAGCGGCGCGGUGGCGACGCGAAGUCGGUCGACUCGAUCUCAUCUCGAAUAUCUGCCCUGAACAUCAACUCCAGCACUUUGGCGCCCUUCUCCCAAGACCCCUGGGCCGCAGCGGAGCCGUGCAGCCGGCCGACUCGCGGUUCUCCGGAACCGUUAGACGUAUACGUCAGCUCCACCGUGUCAACCGUCGCCAGCAGGACGUCACUGCUCAGCAGGGAGCAGACGCCGCGCAGGGCCCAGCAGAGAUACCCUCGCGCCCAGACGCCGCACGACGUCGACGUGGGAUAUGCUGACCACGCGGCUACGACUGACAACGAGGCGUCGGACCUGUGCUGUUGCUGCCUGAUCCAGUGA